AAUGACCGGUCAUCUGUCCAACCGGUUAACACUUGUAGGUGUAACAAUAGGCAAAUGUCGAGUGAGGAAGAAGCUCUAUCAGCCCCGGGAACCGGUCGAAUAGCAGGAGAAUAUGAUACUCAGGAGGCCGUUACUGAAGGCUUAUUAUCCUUGCUUACACCAGCUGUACAGGAAGUUGACGAUCGUGUUCGUUCAGUAAGACAAAGUCAAGUUGAUUUGCAACACAGUAUAGAAAUACUAAAUGACGACUUGAAAAAAAUAUCUGAAUCGCAUGGCAUUCCAGCUGAUCUUAACCCAUAUGUUAAGAAACUAAAUAAUACACGUCGACGUAUAAAUAUAGUCAAUAAUAUCUUACAGAAUGCCCAGGUUUGCACCAUAAGGAAUACUUUCGAUCAGCUAUCUAAUACAAAUACAUAAAUAUAUCUAAUUUUUUUCUCUUUUUCUUAGGAGAGAUUAAGCAAACUACAUUAUAAUAUUCAGAAAGAAACUAGUCGAAAAUCAAUAGUAGUAGACGAUAAAGCUGAUGCUGGAAAUACUGAGGAAGCGCCUGAACCCACUACAAGUUCUAGUACAUCUGAAUGAAUGCUUCACUCUGUACAAUUUCAUAUAGACUUUUAUAUUAUUAUUGUUCAAAUUUUUUUCAAUUACAAUCUCAAUUCGAUUACAAA